CAUGCUUAUAUUUUUAAUCAUUUUGGAUAUAGAGUACACCCUAAUCAGAUUGGUAAUUCAAUGGAGACUAUCUCUAUCCCUCAGAUUUGUUCCAUUACUGCUUGCUAUAUGAAUCACGGUGUAUGGAUAAACUUCCCAAUUGCAUAUCUGCAUACGUGUUUGUGUUCCUAAUCUUGAUGUUAAAAACGUUGAUGCAUGAAUUAUAUAUCUAAGUACAGCAGCCAAUAUUAGACUGUAAAAGGACAGGAUUUUAUACUAACCAAUAGUCCAAUUUGAACAUGUUUAUCACUAAUUGUUUCCCCUUGCCAAUUAAAGGCUGGAUCAAUUAAUUAAAAAGAUUUGAAAAACUUAAAGGUCACACAAAUAAAUUAGAUAUGCUCUUUCCGGUAGCUCUUUGUUGUCAGUGUAAUUUUAUGUCCCUCGAAAUGGAAACAACAUUUCAGAUUCAAUUAUGGAAUUGGCAAACAGUUAGGUUUCAAUUGUUCUUUGGUGUGGUAUUUUCUUUUAUUAUUCUCCAAAAAAGGGAGUGCUAAAAAAAACCAGUUAAACCUAUCAACAUGUGUUUAUGUCUGUCUCAUCAUUGAUUUUAUAGUUUUAUAAUUCAAUUCAAUUCAAUGUUUUAUUAAAGUCUCAUCUCUCAAACAAGUACAAUCAAUAUUUAUACAUUAUAAAACAUGAUAUAUGAUACUCUGAAUGUGUGUAUGCCCAGCCUUUGAUAGUGAGAGGCGGACAUUAUUUUUCCAGUGUCUACAUUCGUCCGUUCGUCCGUCCGUUUUGCACGGUUAGCUUCGGAUACAAGUUUUAGUUCAUGGCAGUUAACCGUAAAUUGUGGUGACAAAAUCUUGAAAAUAAGUACACAUGCUCAUUAUAAUAGGAUCUUUAAGAAAUAUAUGCCAAUAUAUUGUCCUUUGCAGAAAUCGUAGUUAGACACCAGUCUUACAACAUUUUUUUUAUAGAGUCUUAGUGCUUAUCAUACUUUUUUUUUACAAUUGAAGACAUUCUACUGAAGUCGUCUUUUAUAUUUUUAAUACGUUUGAUUUCUGUAUCAUUGAUGUUUUCCUCACAUUUGUUGGCAGGCGAUGGAUUAAACUAAAAUUUGUCAGCGUGAUGGAUGAGUUUAUUUGACAACUGAUAUCAAUCAAAGACAACCGAGCCUCCUCAUGGGGUUUUUGAUAAUGUGAUUACUUGGUCGUUUUUAUAGUGAUUAUUUGAUUACCAGACCAAACAUUUCAUGAUUAUUUGAUUACUUGAUAAUCUAGGAUUGCAUUUUUGACUAUUUGAUUUAUCUUGUUUAAAAAAAUAAUUAAUGAUUAUGUGAUUAUUUUGGCAAACAUUUUUUGAUUAUGUGAUUACUUGGACACCCCCAUGAGGGGCCUCACAACCGCUUUGUUGAUCUAGUGAUACCUUCUUGCAUCGAGUGCGUUCGAUUCGUCGGCUCAACCACUGCCGUGUCAAACCUAAGACUUGGAAAUUUACAUUCGCUUCUUCUCCGCUAAACACACCUAAUUUAAGCAGCGAGGAGUAAGAGCAAAGAAUGGUCUUCUCAGAGUCGAAAUAAUGUCGGGGGGCCUCGGUUGCCGAGUGGUCUAGGUAGUCGAACUACUGUAUCACUAGCCAGUCAACACUGAGGUUGUGAGUUCGAUUCCAGCACGUGGUAGGUGCGCUCGACUCCAAUUCUUAUUGAAUAGGGUUGUCACUUUUCCUACCGAAGGACUGUGAUUCUCUCUGGGCACUCCGGCGUUCUCCCCCAAUAAAAACUGAUUGCAGCGAAAUAGCACAAUAGUGUUGAAAGUGGCGUUAAACACCAAUCAAUCGAUCAACAUACUGUCUACAUGUGUACUGAUAAUAUGAGUACUAGCACGUUAAAAUCCGACUCAGUGUAACGGUCAAGUACAAACAAACAGAGUUCAUACUCAUAUCGUAUUGACAUGUUCUGGUCCUAAUAUGCAUGUAUUGUUUGCCCCUGAACGUUUAACGUAAAUCCAUUCCCAUUCUCAACUGAAGGUCCAUAUAUAUUUAUAGGUUGACCCAAAAAGAAUUCGUUCAAAUAUAACUUUGAAAUAGGUUGACCUGUCAAGAAGUUCCAAUUUACUGUAUACAUUUACAAGUACUAUAUACAUCUGUCUUCACAUGUCUUUAUCUCAUUCCAAAGUGUACAUGUAACUGUUACAAUAUUAAUCUUAAUAAAUGAGUAACUCUAUUGUUUUCUAUGAUAGGAUCACUUAACACGUUAUUCUGAAUUAAUGAAUCGUUUAUCGACAUGAAACUUUAAAUGGAAGUUUGAAUUUAAAAAUGGUUUCAACAAAAGAAAUUAAGUUUGAAGAACACGGUAAAAAUUUGACAGUCGUUGACAAUGGCUUAGCAGUGACGUGGGCGCCAGUUUAUGCGGGUGGUGUGGCAUUUACAAACUUGCCUGUCAACCAGGGCGAUAAAAUCACUGUCCAAUUGUUUGGAAGUGGUGAGAUACGGUUUGGCGUAAUUCAGAUCGACCCGAUUUUCUUGGGUAACCUAAGAAAACAUGUGCAUGGAGCUGAUCUUAUUUCACAAAUAAGUAGUAUUACACUCUCAAACGUUUCACCGAUAUUUGUUACGAUCAUGCGAGGUAAAAGACAAGAUGGCGAUACACUGACUUUACGCUCAGUUACUACAGGCAAGCGCUUUGCAAACGUGAAAAGAAAUAGAGGCGCUUGGAUUGUCUUUGAAAUAGUUUAUGGCACAGUUUCUGUUGAAAUAGUGAAUAUUGGUGGUUUUAAAGAUUAUAAAAUUCAUGAGAACAUGGAUGUUAACGUCAUAUCAACAAACGGAAGUGACGCCAUUACUAGUGAUUUGGUUAAAAUGCUGUUUUUCUCUCCUACAAAAAUUAGCUUGAUCCAUCAAAACCCAUGGACAUCAUGUACUUUGAACCGACCGAUUCAUCGAGGAGAAAUUAUAACAUUCAAUUGUCAACCUAUUGCCAGAGGGCGUAGAAAACCAAAUUUAUUUUACUUGAAAAUAUUAAUAUCGGAAUCGAAACCGGAUUUAACUGCAAUUGAAAUCACGGAAUAUUCAGGUGUUUAUCUCACAAAAAAAUGGGAAAAUGAUGAUUGUCAAGGAUAUAUACAGCUGUCAAUAUCUUACAGUGGAAAUUUGAUAUUAAUAAACAGUAAAGGUGAUUGCUGCACGGCAGAUAUUAGGACAAAGAAUGUUUGUGUGGUUUUUACAUUAUUCAAAGUCAAAGUUCGAUUUCUUACCUGAAAAUCGCUGUCAGGAAACCAUGUUUAUAGAUUCGUAAAUCAAAUAUAUUUCCAAAUGGUACAAUACAUGGUUAUAAUACGUAUACACUAGUUUAAACUGAAAUCGUUUGAAUAUAAAACGCCUUUUUAAAACCCAUCAAAAUCGAAAUUGAAAUUCUUUAACAAGAAUAUGUCUUGCGUCAACAAUUUACAAAACCCUUUACUUUAAAUUGAAAAUGAAUAACACAUGUACACAUUUUUAAAGUUGAAACUAUUAACUGGAAUCAUCUUAAUGUCAAGUUGAAAUCUUAAGAAAUUUGCAAGAAAAUCAUAGUAUUAUAAUGAAAUACGUGAACUUCGGGAUACUUGAGCCAGAAAUAUUGAUGAUCGUAAAGACAAUUUUUUUCAUAAUCUGCAGGUUAGCAACAUCGGACUGUGCCAUGUUUUAGAUCGAUGAACAACUUAGCCACCGUUUUUGACGUUCUAGUGGUGAAUAAGGUAACGGUAUUCGACUUGUUAUUGCUCAUUCUGGUUAAUAUGUUUAAAUUUUUAAACGCGAAACAUUAAAUACUAUUUCUAAGUC